GUAGUUUUUGCGUUGUUUCAUUCUAGUAUUUCAAUUUCGUGUGUGGUUUUAGGGUCAUCACUUUUUGACUUUGUUUUGAUUUGCGAAGUAUUGUCAACAGCUCAACUUCAAAAAUUCAUACUUUCUUACGUCUAGCAAGGGAUGGCUCGCGGAUACUCUUGACGCCGUCCAGUUCUCUUCAGCGGAGAACUGGACGAAGGAACACACACAUGUUUCUUGCUGCACGCAGUUGGGAAUUCACUAUAUUCCUUUCCGGUGAAGCGAGGCAUUAAAAAAAGUGAAGCCCGCCUAUUUGCUCCUCCCGCUGCUGCUGUUUUACGUGGUAGGAAAUAUUGAUACUUCCUCUCACCGUGGAAAAGUAAGUCUGCGAGCAGCUAGUUGCGCCGGCUGUAGUACAACCAGCACGUGAUAUCAGAAGAUCGGAUCUCUUGGCGUCGGCUGCAAAUAGCACUGGAUAGGACGGAUUCUUGGUAGCAGGAGGAGCCUGUAAAAAGGUACAUCCGCAGAAGCGGAGACGACGCAUUAGAAUCUCCUUUUGGGGUGGUUUUGAGGACUAGAAACUGCAUUCAACUCUCCGAAAGACGACCAGAAGUCAGUUUCGCCACCGACAUGUUAUAGGCUUCCUCGGUACCAGAACCAGACGACCAAGAACGGGUUCGGUUCCUCGUAACAGUCCGCGUACAGUGCCUACGGCGCGUUGCGAGAGCUGGAGGAAACAUCUCGGUCGUUCAAGCGGAGCACUUUCCGGUUACGUAGCGGACAUCCCUCUUCUGCCGCGGUCGGGGAAAAUUUUGGCAGCUGUGUACGGUUUUGAUUCCUGGAGGUUCUUCCUCCUCUUACAAGACAGCAGGCCGCUUCGACAAGGACCGGCGGGCGCUUACAAAGUGCGGAGGGAGCAGAGUUUUUUCUAGCUGCACAAGGAGCAAAGGCAAAAAUGGACGGCGACGAGGCUCCGGUGACCAAGCAUGUCUCCCCGGAGAUCAUCGUCGGGGUGGCAAAGAUGCUCGGGAUCGAUGCCGUCAACGAACCUGAAUACCUCUGGAUCGCAGAGCAGUGCGCAAAAGCCGAUUUGCCGUCCAAGGAUUGGCGGGAGCUCACAAACGAAAAUGGUGAAACCAUGUACUACCACGUCAGGACGAAGCGGUUGCAUUAAUCAAAUGCAAAUUGUCCCGAGGCCGCUCCCCUCGACGCUAGAGCAAUUGUGAUGCAGUAACGCCACCUCGGUGGAGUACUCCUCAGAAGUCCACAGGUUAUUCGUCUGGCAGCGACCACCGCUAUCUCUGCAUGGUGCUUAAAUUAUGCAGCCGGAAAUUACUUACUUUGAAGUUGAAGGCUGGGCAGGGGCAAUUUGCGUUGUGAUAGGGAGAAACUUCAUCCGCUUCUCGAGCAAUACGCCGGACUGUAUUUUACCUUGCUCAGAAUAAGUUGCCAUGAAGCUUGUUGGCCCUCUAUACUUACUUAAGUGGGCUAAGGGCAUUUAUUCCAUAUUAAAAUUGAUUCAGGACGCGAUUACUGUCCAUGUAUGUUUUUGUGUGCUUGAAAGAUUAAAAAUUCGUUGGGGUCCUGUGCGUCUCACUUUGAUGGCGGAAGUUCAGAAACGUAUCAUCAUCGAACAAGUACUGGAGUCUUGGUGCCGAAUUUCUGCAACAUCAGGUAUCACAAGCAGGCUUCCUUUGUGAAAAUGAGUGGAACGACACAGCAAACGGAUCUGGACUCCAAUAGCACCCGUCUGAGCGGUAUUAUCACAGAGAUUCUGAAUCGCGUCACGAGCCACCUGCCGCCCAUGACCCCGGAAAUGGUUGACAAAGUGGCACUUUUGCUCGAGUGCGAAACCAAGGCCGAAUAUUUCCUCGCAAGAGUACUUGCUUGCUUCCAUUAUGCGUGUGUCGCUUUGACAAGCACAAGCGCUCGCUUGAAAGUGCAUGACUCUCUGAUCGACACCCUACGUGUGAUUGCAGCUGAAGUGAGGCAUAGCGGACACCAGACUUCUUCAACAACUUCGUCAGGUAAUCAAGCAAACGAUCGAGGCAUACGUCGAAAAGCAAUUCAACUUGGGCACGAUAUUGCAAGAUUUGGAAAAGCCGCUGGACUUCUUGCGGCGCAUGCGCAAGCAGCAGGUGAAGGUCGACGUGAUCAGGAAGCCAGACACAGUGGUACGAAGUAGAUCGAUCUAUUGUAGUGUCGAUACCGAUCGUCCUUACUCAUGAUGUGCGUCGAGGACGAAAGUUUGCUUGUGCAACGUCGUUGUUUAGUGUUUUGCUGCAUGUCAGCACGAGUAGAAAUUAUAAGAGAGCCCUGCAAGUCGGGACGUUGCGUCCACAUUUACUUUCAACUAAUCAGGUUAUGUGCCAAGAAUGCGAGGAGAAGAGCGCGGUUGUGAAGUGCCAGCAGUGCAAGGAUUUCUUCUGCCAGGAUUGCUUCAAUGCGACCCACGCAACAGGGAAAAGGCGAGGCCACAUCAUACAGGACGUGGAGCAGCUGGUCUGUGCCGCGUGCGACCAUCUCAUCGCGUCCUGCCAAUGUACUUAAAUAUUUAUCCGGCCAUGGGAUGUUGGCCUUCUUCAGAUUUUGCGACAGUGCGCCGCAUCUGCAGAAGCAGCCUAUGCAUGAUGAAUGAAGGUAAAGAUAAAGCCAGCGUGUACAACUGCCACGCAAAUCAUGCUGAAGGUCCCUAUAAUGUCUCUUGGUUCUUUCGAAUUCACAGGUAUCCAGUGCGGCCUGUUCUAUUGUGACCAGUGUUUUGUAUCGACGCACGCCUAUCCUAUUUAAAAUGUACCCGCUACAAGUUCGCAAUGUUUUUUGUGUCGACUUGCAUCUGAUGAUGUCCUCUCAAAGAAGUUUGUUUCCACCCAAUGGGCACAAUGCUUUGAGUUGUUCGAAGUUUUGAAGUUAUAUUUGGUAAACUACAAAAGUCAAUCGCUCUCGUUGCUUUCAGGCAUCGUGCUUUUUCAUGUGCUACACGGCGACACAAAAAACCAUGAAAAGCGUGACGACGCGGGUACCUUUCAUUACGAUAACCGAUCUCGCCCGGAACUCCACAAUCACCUCAAGAGGAUAAUAAACGGCUUAGUUUGCCUCGAGUGCGAGCACUACAACGCAAGUGUACUUUUACUUUUUUUUUUGCACUAAACAAGAUUGGGAAAGAAACAAGGGCCAUUAAAACUGAUUUUAGGUCCGCGAAAAGUUGUAUAAAUGGACACACUGCGAGUUUGUCUGAGUCUAAACCUGCUACUGCUACCAAGCAUGGCAGGAGGCUUUUUACUUAGCAAACAGCUAACUGUGGGUCGGAAAAACUUGUCAUGCGGUGCGUAGAAGCCUUUUUUUUGGAUGUGCCUAGUCUUUCUGUUUGUGUCAUGCACCGCAUAGAAACGGACCCUGCUAUUUGAUGGAUGCAUAUAGAAUCCACUUGAGAGCGGCACCCUCCUCGACACGCAUUUUCAUUUUCGCAACGCAAUGAAUUUCUCAGGUGCUUUGCGAGGACUGUGUGGAUCUCUUCUGCACCGAGUGUUUCAUCAAGCUCCACCGCAAGGGCAAGAGAAGGCAGCACGUGCACUUUACAACAUUGACAAGUGUCCCCACGAAUCCACUUUUGCAUGCGUAGUGGUUGGGAAAACCUCGUCAUGAGCAUAAUUUCAGCUCUCGGCUACAAAGAAGCGCCGAUCGGGAUGAGUUUUUGAUUGGGUUGGUAGAAAGUUGUAUUCUGGCGUCGGCGUGCAGACGUCAUUUAUGGGCAUUCUACAAAGAAUAGUUGCAUGCGUGCCAGCAACAUCGUGCUCGCAACGUAAGUCGUAGAAGUUUGUUAUGACAGCUGCACGAUACAACUGGCGUACCAGAGCAUGUCAGGCAUCAGUGGGCACACUUUUGCUUCCGAUACGCGUGACCAUCGACAAUACGGGGCAGGUAUUCCGAGGGGGUUUUCUGGUGCCACCGGAGGAGGCGCAGGUGCUUACGGAUCGCGCCAGAAGUACCGCGGAGUCCGGGCCUUGGGUGGCAUUUAAAGAUGACAAUCUCAAUACUUACUGGUAUUCAGACGUACAUAAAUUCGUCCUUGCACAGAGCUGAUUGCUCCAGAUCCUCGACUCAUUGUCUAUCUGUUCAUGACACAACAUGAUCAUGCAGGUCAGAGAAAGAGAAGCUGUGCAAGAAAUUAUCAUCGAUUCACGUGUAAUGAGGUACAACUUCACUUCGAAGACGCGCGUCAUGAACAACCCGUACGAUAAAGAUCCCGACAUCGCGAUUGCGGGAAUCGAGGACGCGUGAAAGUUCUUGUGGUCGUGAGGAACAGCGUCCUCGCGCAAAUUCGAAACGCAUGGAGAAAAGAAAACACAAACUCCAGGAAUGCAGCCUCUGCGUUACUGGUCUCUUGAUGCGGUUAGGACGUACGUGCACUGGAUGAAGAAGAGGGCGAAGCUUUGAAGCUGUCUUUACCUGAACCUAUUUCCUAUACAAUUACAUAAACGGUGAGAAAUGAUCCAGAUUGUUGAUUGAUUUGAAUUUAGCAGAAAGUUCACGUUUUCGAAGAUGUGACCACGCCUCGAGAAUUUAGUAUGAUUUGAAUGAUUGACUGAACUCAGAGCCAUGCUGUAAGGCAUCGCACGACUGCUGUUUCUUUUCUGUGUGCUUGUGCGCGGGCGAGCGCAAGGUGUACAAUAUUGAAAUACUAGAGUAGGAAUGCCAGGUUCCGGGCCAAUACAAAAUAUGCAAAAAGUGACAGGGUGAAGGACGCGCAAUUAAGUAGUGCUGCUACUCACGAAAAACCUGCUGGGUGCCAUCGUUCCUUCGAAAAUGAGCGCGCGUGUCAAGAAUUUCGUCGAAAGGCUAAGGCAAGAAGUGCUGUUUGUUUCGUGCGCGUGCGUGUAUGCAAAUGCACUCAACGCUUCGAGAGUCGCUACGGUGAGCGUGUGCGUCUUCCAUAGUGACGCCGUUGCCGAUCCCCGCGCGCGGCUGCGCCCCGGCCGCGGGAGGGGGUCAUGGCCCGCAUUGUCUACGCGCUCGGCCUGCCCGCGUCGCUGGCCGUACUGGCGCGCGGCCUCCCGCGUUUCCCCGCACCCACCUGCGUUGGCUGUACGGGGCGUGGUGGUGGGGCGCACUCCCCCCACCCUUGUUUUGCUUUCCGCCCCCGCCUGCUGCCGGCCACUGUGGCGGCCCCCUGCUUCCGGCCCCUGUUGGUUGACGCUACCGGCCGCGAGGGCGCGCGGCCCCUCUACUGCGGCGCCCGUGCCGCGGCGCCGCGAACGCUUCCGGCCGCCCCUCCGUCGCUCCCUGCCCUUGCCUGAUGCGCAACCCCGGGUGCUCGCUAGGUACCCGUGCGCGCGUCGUGACAUUUUUUGCAGUUAUUGUGUUGGCGCGGGCCUUUGUACUUAUUCAUAUGAGGUAGUAUAUGCUGCUCCUCAAAAGUCAAAGGAACUGCUGGUCUAAAGCUGGGUAGUGCUAAUGUGGUGGCUUUGUUGCAGCUGAAAACAAAGUACGAGCGCGGCAGCAGUAGCCUGUGCGUAAAAAUCCCCAGGAGCUUGUUUUCUAAGAUAAAAAACGCAUCGCAGAUAAAUGAUCACGUUCCUGUACAUACAGACUCUUGAUGCAGUUUGAUUUUAGUGUUUACUUAUUGCUUCCGUUUCGCGUGAAAGGAGACAACAGCAAAUGAACUUGAGUCGGCACGCCCUGAUGCCUUCGAGGAUGGGGUUGUUAAAUUGUACACGAGGAACAGAUGCAUACGUACGAGCAGC